CCUCCCUGACGAUGGCCAUUACAGACUUCCUCGCCGCUUCUGACAUUACUUCAGCCAUCAACGCGUGCCAAGCAAAAGAUUCUUUCAGUCCGAAAACCUUCUUUGCAACUGUGGGGCUGUCAAAGAAAUCUCCACCAGAAAUAGAGAAGGUCUUUCGGAUUCUAGACCAGGAUAAGAGUGGGUUCAUUGAGCAGGAUGAGCUACAACUAUUCCUUCAGAACUUCGCCAAAGGGGCACGGACCCUGACGGCAGCGGAGACCAGAGCCUUCAUGCAGGCAGCAGAUAUGGACGGGGAUGGCAAGAUUGGCUGGGAAGAGUUCUCAGCCCUGGUCAACUCCUCCUGAGGACAGACGGCCCAGGAUUGUCACUACAGCAUUCCAGCUCUGCGCC